AUGGUCGAGAUGUCAGAAGAAAGUCCCAUUGAGGUCGUUACGAUGGCGGACAAUCGCCCACAUCUUAAAUGUUCUUCUUCUGUGACCAACGACAAUAGCACGCCGACGAAAUUCGGGCCGAUAGGAUUUCCACCUACUUUCAACAAGGCUGGCCCAAUGGGAUAUAUGGAACGCAUUGUGGAAUGGUUCCGCCGCAAUGAGGAAUACCAGAACAAGGUCAAAGAACGCAGAGCAGCCAUCGAGAAGAUUCGCACCGGAGGUCAGGAAAAUAAUGGCAGUGGGGAUCAUUCGGCCGUUCCCUCGAACGAAGAUCAUAACAAUGAGUUCAUGGCGAAGUAA